CCGAGUAGUAUUCGGGAUAGACUCCUAGGCUCAUAUCAAUUUAGUCGUCACCCACCAGAGCACGAUGCACAGCAGGACUAUCAACUAGGCUUCGAAGUCGAGCAAGGAUGGCCGCCCAAGGUGCCGCCCGGCACACCCCAGGCCGGCUGUCCUGGCCUUGUUGCGCGCCUAUAAAUUCCAGAGCUCCCGUCGUCGUUCAGCGCACCACAAACUCGAGUAAAUGAGAAUCCCCCUGAACUCGAGUUCCUUCACCCCCUUUCUGAGUUUUCUUUGCCUAAUCAAGCUCUUGAGCUAACUAAGUACUCUUUGCUGCUGCUACUGGUGAGGCUGGAGGGUCGGGUAGUUCCGGUACUCGAAUAAUACCAUUCCUAUCUCUCCCACCUUCUGUUCAAGAGGAACUGGGUAAGGAUCUUUUUGAUGAUCCGCUUCUCACUCCUGAGCACAUGAGGAAACUCCAGGACUGCAUGAAGUGGAGUUUCAAGUUUACACAGGAUGUUGCCAAUCGGUCAUUUCUGAAGUCGAGUGCUCUGUACAAGACUUUGGAUAACCAAAAACUCCUUGCUGAAAAAGAUGCGCAGAUUGCCAAGCAAGUUGAUGAAGCUCUUGCUAUGCGGAAUGAGCUUUAUGCAGUCAACCGAAAGCAUACGCGAGAGACUUAUCUUCUCAAACAGCAGAUCAAAAGCUUGGAAGAGGAGAAGACAAAGCUCCAAGAACAACUACAAUCUGCCCAAGCCUGUCAAUCAAGUGAGCAUGAGCGACUAGUAGCUGCAGCUCAAGUAAUUGUAGAUAUGGUGGAUCCUCAUGAAGAAGGAACGUCGAGUAGUAAAUCCUUGGUUGAACGCUUGGAAGAAGCUCCCAAGAAGAUCCUCGACUACCUUUCUGCCACCACCAAGAAUUAUAUUGCUCACUUACUUGGGAUUGUAAAAUCUUAUUGGCCUAGGCACGACAUAGCUCCUAUAGCUUUAGGAAUUGCUUCUGAAUGCCCAAAUGCAUAUUUCCUUCGGUAUCGUGAAGAAGCGGAGCCAAUUGCUGAGGAGAUCAUAAAGAACUUUUGGCAAACUGAUUUGCUUGUAAUAGCUCUUAGAUCUGUAAAAAAUAUAUGUUACCGAUGUAUAAUUUUAAUUUUCUGUCCUGUUGAUAUAUGAAUCAGAGGUGUCGCUACGGGAAAUGGGCGACUACAAAA